AUGACGUCUCGGUUCCGCCCCUUGUUGCCAGCGCCAUCCUAUCGGGAACCUAGAAAUCCUGCGGUUUCUACAGAGCCGCCGAAACGCCGCUCCGCGGUUCCGGUCGCAUGCUCGGCGUGCCAGAAAGCCAAGUCAAAGUGCAACGGUGAUCGACCCGUCUGCUCCCGGUGCGACAGCAAAGGUCUAGUUUGCGAGUACGAUAUCGAGCCCAACCAAACCCGUGCGGCGUCCAGGAGAGAGGGCGAGGAGCAGAUCCGCGAGCUCUAUGGCCAUCUGCAGUCGAGGCCGUGGGAGGAGGCGAUCGAGAUACUAAGGCGCAUAAGAGAAACAUCUGAUCCGCUGGAAGUUGCCCGCUUGGUCCGGGCCGGCGAUUUACUCCUCAGCAGGCCCGUGCGUGGGGACGGUAGUGCUGCCGUCGCUGGGCCACACGAAGUCACUGCUCCGUAUCCCGGGAGUGCAGUGCCUUGCGUAGCCAGCUCCUGGACGGCUAUUGCCGACAGAGACACCGUACGGAGUCUCGUUGAUAUCUUCUUUGAGAGGGACCAGUGGUUCCUCAUGCCCUUUAUCGAUCGGGAUGUUUUUCUGAGGGACAUGCAGGAACCGCCUGAGCGACCACAACACAGACCCUUCUGCUCUGCGCUACUCGUCAACGCCAUAUGUGCCCUUGCUGCGGGCCAUGGCGCAAUGUCCACGGAAAGAGACCGUUCUUCUGGGAGUGGCCUUGGCGACUCGUUCUUCACCGAGGCAAAACGACUUGUCAACUUUGAGAACGGGCGGCCUUCGAUCCCUGCGGUGCAAGCCCUCCUCAUCAUGUUUUCGUACUCGUGUCGCAUGGGACGAGAUCGCGUCGGUAACAUAUUUCGCGCCUCAGGUCAAGCGAGGCUACUUAGCGGUAACGAGAAAGUCGACACCUCAAUCUCGCGACUUGCUCAACUCUACCAAGGCCUGCAGGAGCUAACAUCCAGCUACCCUGAGGAGGACGGAUACGAGGGAAUGCAUGAGCGCGAGCACUGCCACCUAUGGGCCUAUCACCAUUUAGUCGCGGCUCACAUAACCCGACUGAUUCGACGCGUGAAGGCGCAUCCGCUUCCGUGGGAAAGCCCUACAGACAUUUGCAUACGCCACUGUCAGGGCAUCAUCAAGCAUGUUCAACGACAUUUUGCGCGGUACCCUUCCGAUCGUCAAGGCUCCCUGGCCGCUCUUUACUUCGCUUACACGUGUACCAUCAUGCUGAUCGACCUCCUGGAUGGCAACUCCCCUGCAGUGGUAGAGACAUUUUCUCGUAGCUGCCAAAUAAUACACGAGGCGACGGACUUUCCGCUCUCGGGCCUCCUGCUCGAGGGACUCGCUGCCGUGGCAAACCACAUGGGCGUGCAGCUACCCCCUGAUGUUGCGCCGUUCUUGGACGACAUCGAGGUCGUACGACCGAAGCUGGAAGGCGCGCCACUCGGAUUUGUCGUGCCCUUCCGUGGACGGACACUGGUGGACGACGAGAUGUGGUUUUGGGAUACUGAAACGGCAGGAAUUGAGCUGGGCGACUUGCUGGGACUCCAUAGAAGAAGCGGCACUGCGUGA